GAUGGCAAUUUUUAUUUCACCUAAUCAGUCAUACAAUCAAAAUUCGUGGUUUGGUCCUACAUUUGGUUGUUCUUUGGACAACGAAGAUUUAGUAUCAAUACUUGGUUCAACCAAUUAUCUGCCUCCAUUUUCGAGAAGAAGUUUCUGUAGAAGGUCGCCAAGUAGUUUUGUUUUUCCUUUCUCAAAUAAUUCUUCUAAAGUAAACGUGAAACGUUGCGGAAAGCAGCAAUGUACAACACUUGAUAAAGAAAAGUGUGACAAAACUGUAAAGAAGGAAGCGGAAUCUUUUCAUCAUACUUUUGAUGUGAAAGAUUUUCAUCCAUCAGAAUUGAAAGUUAGAGUCAUAAACGGAAGUGUAGAAAUUUUCGGUAAAUCAACUAAAGAAGGAGAAGGAUUUUAUAAUGGAAGACAGUUUUGGCGUCAAAUCAACCUACCUGAUAAUAUCUCACCAAAUGAUAUUCAAUCAUCAUUAAACGAUGAUGGAAUUUUAACGAUUACAACAAAAACUGUUGAAGAAAAAGACGGAAUUACUGAUAAAAAAGAAAGAUGUUCUAAUGAGAAAUCUGUAGAGGGAUCUGAAGAUGGAUGCUAUUCAAAUGAAAUGCCUACAAGCCGUUGUUGUUCAAAAGAAAAAUGUAAUGAAGAAAAUUGCUCAAAAGUAGAAACAAAAGAUGAAAGUGAUGAAAAAGUCAUAGACAAAAUUGUUUCGAAGGAAGAAGAGAAAGUUGAUAAAAAACCUUCAUUCUAUAAAACUAUUGAUUUGAAACAUUUUAAUAUUGACGAUUUAAGUGUUAAAGUUAAAGGUAAUAGUAUUGAAGUUACUGGAUCUGCUAUUAUUGAAGAAGAUGGAAUAAAAUGUUCAAAGAAAAUAUGGAGACGUUUCGCAAAGCCAGUAGAUCUUAAGGAGGAAGAUAUUGUCUCACUUUUAGAUGACAAUGAAAUGUUAAUAAUCACCACGAAGGAUACAGAAACUAGAAAGGGUGAAAAUAAUGAUAAAGUUGACUCUUUGAAAAGAAAUGAAAAAUUGAUUGAAAAAGAAGAAAAAAGCCUCGGCAACAAAGGAAAGAAUGAGGAAUUAGAAGAGAAUGAAUCGGAGAGUAAAAAGAAUGAAGAUUUCGAAAUUGUAGAAUAA